AUUUGCUUCUUCACGCUUCUCUAUGCCGCUAUCUCUCCCUCUCUCUCUCUCUCUCUCUCUGACAUCCGACGUCUCAACUGCACAUGUCAAAGAGAGGAGGGGAGAGAGAGAGUUGAAAUUAAUCCUUUAAAUAGAUAAAGUCCAAAGUUACGAACGAAACCAAAACACGUUCAUCUUGUUUUCUUGUACCCCCAAAUGGCAAAGCUCUUUCUUUUUCUUCUCUCAAUGGUCAACAACAACAUAUCCUUCCUCUUUGCUUCUUCAGAAGAAGUUAAACUCGUGAAGAAGAGAUAACUAGAGACGAAAGAAUGGGAGCACACAAACAGUGGUAUAGAAGGGACCUGAGGGACAAUAAGAUGGCUGACGUGCCUGCAAUGGAGAAAGAAGACAUGAAGAAAAUCGAGAAGAUUUUGGGAUAUAAUUUUGAAGACCGGAGUUUGAUAGAAGAGGCACUGACCCACCCCUCUUUCUACUAUCCCUUUAAGCCCGAAAUCACUUAUGAGAGAUUGGAGUUUAUGGGUGAUGCCGUUCUCAAUUGCCUUGUUGGCCGUUGGGUGAUUAACAUGUACCCGGAACUUGCCCCUGGUCCGCUGACUCGCCUUCGUGCUGCUAAUGUUGAUACUGAGAAACUUGCACGUGUGGCUGUUUGCUCUGGUCUAUAUCGCUAUCUUCGGCACCAAGCACCACAGCUAGAUGAGCAGAUUCAAGACUUCAUGGAGGGAAUGAAGGUGUAUCCAAAUCAUUCAAACGGACUUCUCGAUCCUCCUAAAGUCCUUGCUGAUAUUGUAGAAUCUAUCCUAGGUGCCAUUUUUAUGGACAGUAAAAGCUCUUUAGAGACUGUAUGGAAGGCAUUCAAGAGGCUAGCAGAGCCAUUGAUCAAUCUUGAAGUAUUAGGAAAGCAUCCAGUGGCUGAACUACACGAACUUUGCCAGAAAAGGAAGUUGGACUUGAAAUUCGUAAAAGACGGAUGGACCAAAAAUAUGAUUGUCAAGGUGUUGAUCAACGGGAACAUGGUGGGAAGCGCAACUUAUGGAAACAAGAAGGAAAUCGCCAUGAAUCGUGCUGCAAAAGUUGUAUUGGAUAGGAUUGAAGAGGAAACUUUGGACCUAUUAUCAUUAACUUGUGAGCAAAGAACACCUUCAAUUGGUAGGAAUCGUUUGUUUAACUUGCCGGCCCUCUGGAGUUGGAGAACCUCUCGAAGUUUGGUUGUAGGUUCAUUGCUUGCAGCAGUCAUGUUAAGUCUAAUGCUUAUGUUCAGUAACCAUUGACCUGUUCCUUAGUAAUGUAAAUAAAUAUAAGAGGAACUAAAAGGAAUAUGUGGAUGUUUUCUGCCUAUUUCAUUUAGAAACUGGUUAAAGUACUAGUUAGGUAUCAAAAUGCCUGUUCUUUGCUAAUCAUUUAUAUGAACUUGCGGCUAAAGCUCAAUAAUAUAACGAGGGUUCAAUA